AUGCUGCCUCAAUUGAGCCGUCUCCAAGUACGGACCUUGGGUUUUAGACGAUUCGCCUCAUCUCAUUCACACUCAGAUGCCAAAGUCGAACAAAAGCCAGACGACUACAGACCGGGAACUGAUUCGUACGCUUAUGAAAACCCGUGGCCAAAGUUGAAUGGUGGUCGUUUGGACUGGUUGUUCGGAGACGGAUGGAGAAGACCGCUUGCUAAGGAUCAAGGAGCAAAAAUGAGAAGAGAGUGGAUCUGGUUCUCACAAGUGGCACAUGAUGAACACAAAGAUUGGGCUCGCUUCCAUCAAGCUGCAUUCCUUCUUUUCACCGUUCUCACCACCUGGUUCACUUGCUGGAUCAUGUUCGCUCGUCCAGACUGGCCGAUGGGCAGAGAAUGGGCUCUUAGAGAGGCUCAUUUGGAGAUUGCUAGACGAGAGAAGGCCGGACUUCCACUCAUCAGUCCUGAUCUUAUCCCAAGAGAUCGUGUUGCUGCAACUCUCCCAUCCGACGAGGAACUUCGCGAUUUCGAUGUGCUCAUCUAA